GCAAGGAAUGCAUCAUUAUUGCGCUUGAGACGAGUUUCGACACUGCAUAACCUUCGGACACGAAGGGAUAGCCUGCACCAACUAAUGUAGCCGCCUUUGGUCUCAGCUUUCUGGUCUUCCAACAUUGUCAUUAUCUCAUUUGCCUCGCCCCGAGCAAGCCUCAACCAAAGCAGUUAGUCCCUCAAGUCCACGAUGAGCGCGGUAGCAUACGACAUGAAGUAUCGCUUCCUGGGCAACACUGGACUGUUGGUGUCCAAGUUCGCGGUCGGCAGCUUCGUCACGUUCAACACGCAACACGAUUUCGAGAAAACCUACACCAUCAUGGAGCAUGCUUUCAAGAACGGUAUCAAUUUCUUCGACAACGCUGAGGCGUUCGCGGACGGCGAGUCGGGGCGGUACAUGGGCAAGAUCAUUGACACUGGUAUCGAACGUGGACUGUGGGCUCGUGAGGACCUGGUCAUUAUCACCAAGAUCUUCUUCGGAGCGAAGAUGUUCUCCGGUGGUGGUGGUCCGAACGACACGGGUCUGAGCCGCAAGCACAUCGUGGCGCUCAAGCGCUUCGGCCUGGACUACGUGGGCCUGAUCUUCUGCAACCGCCAGGAUCUAUACACGUCGAUGAAGGAGAUUGUUCGAGCGACGAACUACGUCAUCGAGCAAGGGUGGGCGUUCUACUGGGGUACGAGUGAGUGGACUGCGACGGAGAUCAUGGAGGCAUGCGAGGUGGCUGACCGUCUUAGCCUCACCCGACCGGCUUUCGAUCAAACUCGCUACAACAUUCUCGACCGCUCUUGUGUUGACUACGACUUCGUAAACCUGUACAAGAAGUACAAGUACGGCGUGACGGCCUUCUACGCGCUAGCCGAUGGUGUGCUGAUGGGCAAGUACAGCAAUGGUAUUCGCGUAUCACCAUUCCGGCGUUCAAGACGCUGAUCGAAAACAGCCUCGAGGAGAAGACCGCCAAGGUGCUGUAGCUUGCUGAGAUUGCCAAGGACACCCUACCGCAACUGGCUAUUGCCUGGAGCGUCUCGAACGAGAACGUCUCGACGGUGCUGUUUGGCGCAUCGAGAAUCGGACAGCUCGAUGAGAACCUGAAGGUUCUCGAAUUUGCCGACAAGAUCACCCCGGAGAUCCGUGCGAAGAUCGAUGCCAUCGCGCAGUUCACGCCUAAAGUGCCCCAAGUACAGGCGUUCGUGCACGAAAUGCGUGCCAAGUGGCUGUAAGCAGCACCGUCAAUCGAAGCGGUUUGGUCUUGAGGUAGGCCGUGCAUUAGACGCCGUGUGAUCCUUCUUCCUCGAAUAACAAAAAAAAAGAAUCAUGCUAGUGUUCCUACCAACUCAUCCAGUUUUGUGUAUCAUUCUGUCGUUAGUAUUGCCAUAACCUGAAAAAUAUCACGAACAAGAAGCUAGGUCAGGUUGUGUAUCUUUGAGC